AUGAAAACGAGAGUCGUGUUGAGUGUUGGUAGUUGUUUGUGUGUAUUUAUACUAAGUAACUUGUGCUCAAGUACGACUGCUACUUAUGGCAGUCUAUCAAAGUAUGAGCGUAGCAAAAGAUCACCCAUACCAUGGCUAAUUUUUCCAGCAACCUCGCCCACUCGUAUCCAGUUCAUUGGUGGCAUUGGUAUACCGCUGGAGGAUCUCGACUAUGAGGCUGUCACAACAGGCUGGGUGCUGAAAGCGGAAUACUGGCUGCCCGAAACGCCGGAUUCGCUGCGUACACCCACCGCAUUGCCCAUUAAUCAGGUGCCAACGUUGGGAUCUGUAGGAGCACGAAGACAUCGACCGAUGCUAGAGAACUUUCUGGUUGGCGCCGACGACCUGGGCAAGAGCACCAAGAAGCUCUUCUCUAGAACUAACAGGGUUCUAAGCAGCUAUCGCUGGACGGUAUAUAAAGCCCUGGAAGGAUUGGCCAAAAAGUUGGGCUAUCAAGGACGAAUUUGUGUACUGAAAAGCAUUUGUGAGGUAGCCGAGGAACCUUUUCAUUUCAGCAAUGGCCUCAUUGCAGAACUCUUGCAUGUCCUAUUGACGCCCUCUUCAUCGGUGGAUAAGUUAUCAGAGCAUGCGGAUAAUGAGUAUUACUAUGCCGAGAAGGUGGGCCAAUCGGGUGCCGGCUGCGAUCGCGUCUUCAAGGAGUGUCAACGCAGCUUAUUACAGCACUUUAGCCAACUACGUGACAAUCUAGAUAGUUUUAUAUUUUAG